GCAUGUGAUGUGGAGGGGGGGAGGGGUUAUGUGAGUGGCGUUGAAUGGCCUGUGCUUUGGUGUAGUUAAUCUCAAAUCAUCAACCAUUGUUUAAGAUGGCAGCUAUGACUGUGAGAGAGGCCAAGCGUAGCGAUUGUAGGGAAAUACUGCGGCUUAUUGAGGAAUUGUCUGUUUUUGAAAAAGCGCCACAUGGCCCCAAUAUAAAUGAAAAAGAUCUUGAGCGAGAUGCAUUUGAUGUGGAUCAUCCCUUCUUCUUCUGCUAUGUAAUAGAAGACCCUAGGGAUGAAUCGAAACUCAUUGCUUAUGCUAUGUGCUACUAUACUUAUGGAACAUGGACCGGUAAACGACUUUAUUUAAGAGACCUUUAUGUAACGGAAACAUACCGAGGGAAGGGAAUUGGAAACCUACUAUUCAAAAAAGUUGUUCAGAAAGCAGAGGAAACAAACUGCACUGAUAUGGCAUGGACUGUAUUAAAUUGGAAUCCCGCUACAGAUUUCUACAAAGCAAGAGGCGCUCGUGAUAUGACAGAGGCUGAAGCUUGGCAUGUUUUUCGACUAGGGCCAGAAAGCAUGAAAUCAGUUGCAGGGAAAAUCUAACAUCUUUCAUCUGGAAAAUGGAACUAAUUACAUUCAUUCCACAUUAAUUUAUGGAGUA